ACAUGGGCUGAAUACAAGCGCCGCCUGAUCCAGGCCCUCCAGCAUCAAGGCUUUACGGCGGAUGCGGAGUGCAAACAGGCCUUCCUAACCUGUUCGGACAAGAGGCUGUACCGGCUGUUGGUGGCGUUGUGCCACCCGGAGGUGCUGGAGGGCGCCACGGUUAGUUUUAAGAAAAUUCUGCUGAAAUUGGACGAGCAUUUUGAGGAAGACAUCUCGGAGGCCAUGGCAGAGCAUUUAUUUGAGCAAAGAAGGCAGAAGCCGGGUGAGUCCGCGGCCGAGUGGGUCGCGGACCUCCGGCAGCUCGCCAUUCCGUGCAAUUUCACGGAUCUGGACCGCCGCCUCCGUGCACAGUUGGUGCGUGGGGUGGCGGACAAGGACUGCCAAGUAAAGCUGCUAGAGGCCCCGGCGCUAGAUGUGAAGAAAGCCGUCAAAAUCAUACAGACGCAUAAGCGCAGCCAGGUCGAGUGCGAGGCGCUGAGCAAGCCCGGCAGCACGGAGCGGGCCGAGGCGCGCGAACCCAGCGUGAUGUAUGUGCAGCAGAGCAGUAGUCAAAACAAUAACAACAGCCGAGGGGAGUGCUUCCGCUGUGGAAGGGGGCACAACCCGGACACUUGCUGGGCGAAGGACGUGGAGUGCCGGAAGUGUGGGGCGAAGGGGCAUUUGAAGCGCAGGUGUGUGUCCACAUGGAAGAAAGGAGGACAGGGCAGCUCGGGAGGCCAAGGCGGCGCAGGGAAGGCGCCCCCGGCCCAGGGCGAUGCGCGGGUCAACAUGCUUCUCACGCAGCCGGCGGGAGCCAAAGGAGCGCCAGGGGACGCAAGGGAGCCCCGAGGCGCGAAGGGCACCACGGGGGACGCGCUCAGCAGGGGGGCGGCGGGAGCCGCGGCCGCGACGCUCGGGGAAUAUGGCCCUUGAAAGAUAAGACAUGAAAAGUUGCCGACUUAAUACAACCCAACUAUCAUUGUAGAUAUGAGCAAGUAGAGCAACAUAUCCAAAGAUAAAAACAAUCUACCGAGCCAUUUCCGAGCAAACUGCGUUCAAAAUUUGAACUUUGAACAAUUUUUCAACUUUGAUUUACUCGUGAUUGGCUCAUUGAAUUUUAACAGGCUUGCGGGUGUUUAAUGUGGAACGCUCUUACUCUUCAAAAUAUAUAUAAUUUGUCCACGUUUUGGUCCACAUUGCACGUAAAAAGGACCAAAAAUACAGUUUUUUCUUAUUUUGAGCCUGUUCAAAGUUUGAUUUCUUUGAUUUUGUAAGUGCAAACGAAACAGCAAAAUUGUUUUUUCAAAAGUUUUAGAUAGCGGUCUGAUCUACAAAUUUUAUUUAAUGCUAAAAUUCAUAUCUCUUACCUGUUACGAGCUAGGUAGAAUAAAACAAAUCCAAAGACGCCUGGCUGGAGGUCGUUGUGUGGGUUGCCUAUCAGCGCCUUACGGAGAUUCUCCACAGGGUCUCCGCAGACAAGCAGCGCAUCGCACUCUUUAGAUCGAUAUAGCUCGUCAGCAAAUAGCGCUAUCGAAAUGAACGGGGGGACAUUUCUGAAGAGAGAACUGCGAGCUACAACGUUUAUAAAAACACUUUUAGUCGAAUUCUCAUUUCUUCACUCGUAAAACCGAUAAAAGGAAAAAUUGAACACUGUGAAAAACAGAAAAAGGCAGGUUUUUGGCCCAUAUCAUGAUGAAUUUGGAACCAAACCUCAACAAACUAUACAUAUUCUGAAAGGGUAGAUUAAUGCGCAUUGAACGGUCGUAACCGCAAAACAAUCCGAUCACUAGUUAAGUAGUAAAUAAACUUUUAAAAAGUGUCAAAAAUUUGAACUUUGAACGCAAUUUGUUCGAAAACGGCUCCGUCAAAAAUUCUAAAUUUUGGAUAUGUUGUUCUACUUGACGAGCUCUACAAGAAUAGUUCGGUCGCUUUUAGUCGGCAAUUUUUUCCUACCUCCUUAUGGGAGUGGUCGUAUAUGCAGUGUACUAAGUGCAUUGCAAGCGCACUUUAUGCACUCUUCCACCCACACAUUCUGGACAUUAAAAUGUCUUUUAAAAGGAUAGGGCUGACGAUGGUGACGAAGCUGUCACUGCGUCAGGAGGGGCCUGGAAAGGUAGAGCCUUUUGUUCAAAAAAGCAAACUGGUUGAAAGGCCCCUUCCUGAUGCAGAUGAGGCCUCUUCCUCAUCCAAACCAAGCACACCACCACCUCUGCCAUCGCCCCUGACAGCCGCGAGAAAAACUGUUAAGCCCUUGUCGUCCCCUACCAGGAGAUCAACAUGUGGU